AUGAGUUUCCGGGGCCUCCAGAAGGGGUUUGCUCGCGCUCCCCAACAAAUCAAAUUAAAAUUCAAUAUCGGCGAGCACACCAAGGACGCGGUCUAUAUCGAUUCUGAGCGUCGGUUCGAUGAACUCGAAGCAGAAACCAAGCACCUUCAUGAUGAAAGCCAAAAGUACUUCGAUGCCAUCAACGGCAUGCUAUCUCACCAGAUCGAGUUCUCCAAGGCCAUGACCGAAAUCUACAAGCCGAUUAGCGGGCGGAUGUCGGAUCCAGACUCCCUCGUUGUGCACGGUAACCCAGAGGGCAUCCGCGCUUGCGAGGAGUAUGAGGCCGUGGUCAAAGAGUUGCAGGACACACUGGCACCGGAGCUGGAAAUGAUUGAGAGCAGGGUGAUCCGGCCCGCCGACGAGCUGUUGGACGUCAUCAAGGCGAUCCGCAAGACAGCAACCAAGCGCGAGCACAAGAAGCUCGACUACGAUCGUCACCGGGCCACCCUCAAGAAGCUACAGGAUAAGAAGGACAAGACGGCUAAGGACGAGAAAGCCAUGUGGAAGGCUGAGAACGAGGUGGAGCAGUCGACCCAGGACUUCAACUACUUCAAUGACCUUCUCAAAGACGAGCUUCCCAAGCUUUUCGCUCUCGAACGCGAGUUUAUUCAGCCGCUGUUCCAGUCGUUCUACUACAUGCAGCUCAACAUCUUUUACACCCUACACGAGCGAAUGCAGCAAGUAGAUAUCGGCUACUUCGACCUGACGCUCGACGUGGAAGAAGCUUUUUACAAGAAGCGCGGCGAUAUCCAAGAGCGCGCUGAGGCACUCUCUAUUGUCAAAUUUAAGACCUCUGGCCAACGCCGCCCGCCUAAGUAUGGGCCUAAACCACGCCCCGGCGCUGCGCUUGAAGGUCCUAAGACCGCCGGCCUGCUCACCGCCGGUCCUUCCUCGUCCGCACCCUCAACACCAGAACUCGAACCCACAGAAACACCGGGAGCAGCCACCUCGGCCGCUGUAUCCUUCAAGUCCGCCACCCCCUCUACCCUCCGGCCGACGUGGCGACCCCAACAAGCCGACAGCGCCUCUGAGAAUCCACCACCGCCUUACUCCUCCACGCCCGUCUCACCAGCGCUCGGCAGCCCAGGCGCGGCAUCACUAGCGGCAGCAGCAGCGGCUAAAUCCAAACCACCGCCGCCCAAGCCAAAGCCGAGCCGGCUUUCGGGGGCACCCGCGCCCAAGGAGACGGUCACGGCAUUGUACGACUACGCGGCACAGGCCGAGGGGGACCUGAGCUUCCGCGCGGGUGAGGUAAUUGAGGUGAUUACGCGGACGGCGAAUGAGAAUGAGUGGUGGACGGGGCGUGUGGGAACGAAACAGGGGCAAUUUCCUGGAAAUUACGUCAAGUUGAAUGCAUAG